GAUUUAAUCGCAAUGACAGUUAACGUACAAUCUCAUAGAUUUGUAGGUAAUGAGAACUUAAUGAAAAAUUCGGACUCAACACUAAUUAUCGGAACCGAUUUCACCUACAAGCAUAAACUGGUGUGGAAAAAUGCCAUCGGUUAUUUGAUUUUGCAUUUAUUAGGGUUAUGGGGUUUGUUUUUGUACUUUACUGGCGGUGUAAAUUUAAAAACAUUAGCAUAUGGUGAGUAUCAUGCACUUAAUAUUGUUUUUAUAGUGUAAAACGACGUUGAACCUAAUUAUGAAACUAAACUGCAUUAAAAGACUACCAAUGAUAUUCUUGUUAUUUAUCUAAGUUUUUAAUGAUUUUGAGCUCUAGUGUAAUAAAGUUUAAAACCAAGUAGAGAAAAUCGACAAAUUUAUAUAACCUGAUGUACUGUUGACUCUACUUGAACUUUUCUUUACAAUCAUUUUUAAUAAAGCUUCAUACCCUUAUGCCACGAUCACUUGCGGAUAAUGCGUGAUUUUUUUUUCAUUAUAAUUUUUUUUUUUAAUUAAUAUUAUGUAUUUUUCAGCUUUCUUCCUGACAUAUUUCAUUGGUCUGGGUAUCACAAUAGGAGCGCACAGAUUGUAUACACAUAGAUGUUUUAAGGCCACGCCUUUAAUUAGAGCAUUUUUGUUAUUACUACAAACGGCUUCAGGGCAGAACUCCAUGUUCAUUUGGUGCCGUGACCAUAGACUCCAUCAUCGUUAUUCUGACACUGAUGCUGACCCGCACAACUCAAAAAGAGGUUUCUUCUUCUCUCACGUUGGUUGGCUAAUGUGCAAAAAGCAUCCUUAUGUCAUUGAAUUCGGAAAAAAAAUCAAUAUAUCUGAUCUUCAAGCUGAUUGGAUGGUCAUGUUUCAAAAGAAAUACUACUCUUAUCUUUACAUUUUAAUUGCGAUACUGCUCCCUGUUUGGAUUGAUGUCUAUUUUUUUGGGGAGCCAUGGGUGAAGGCAUUUCUUGUACUUUACUGUGCUCGAUAUGUGGUAACGCUUAAUUAUACGUGGCUCGUCAAUAGCGCUGCCCAUAUUUACGGAACGAGGCCUUAUGACAAAAAUCAACAACCUGUGGAAUCUUGGAUUGUCUCAUUUUUUACUUCGGGAGAAGGCUGGCACAAUUACCAUCAUGCUUUUCCUUGGGACUAUAAAGCGGCGGAACUCUCUACUCAUCUAAAUCCAACCGCCCGAAUCAUAGAAUUCUUGGCAAGCAUCGGAAUGAUCUACGACUUGAAAUCGGCACCUCCUGACAUGGUGAAGAAUAGAAUCAUGAGAACUGGAGAUGGUACUCACUACGAGCUUGGCAACGAGGAAGCUAAAGCCGCUGUCAAGGUCUCCUAUCCUCCUUUGCAUCCUAUGAACCCUACUUACACUGUAACAUAUGAAGAUCCGGUGAUAUCUCUCAAAGUGGAACGUGACACGUCAAAAAUUAUUAGCACAAAUUAAGCAACAAAAACGCAAAAAUGUGUGGACAUCGUAAGAUUGGCAUUUUCAUUGGCCUUCCCUUAGGUCUCUUUAACAAUUGGAAUAUUU